AUGUCGAGUGCCGUCCCAAUCGGCGACGUUGAGCAGGCCUCUGCCUCUUCGCACACCGGGGAGAAGGGUGCUUUGUCCCCGGACGCUCUUGCGGCCGUCGCCUCCCAAGACCCCGCAGCGCCCUCGGCGCAGGUCUCGAGCAGGCGCCAGAGGCUGUCCGACUUGUUCACCAUCAUUGCCGCAGGAGCAGGCCUAGCCUCGGACGGCUAUCAGAACAACCUGAUGACCAUGCUGAACGUCCUCUUCACCCAGGAGUACCCGGACGUCUACACGUCGGCCGUCAAGACGCAGGUGUCCAACGCCCUGCUGGUCGGCGAGGUGCUGGGCCAGGUGACCAUCGGGCUGACGUGCGACUACCUGGGCCGCAAGUUCGCCAUCGUGCUCACCACGCUGCUGGUCAUCGUCGGCGGCAUCCUCGCCACGGCCUCGCACGGCGCCACCACCCUGGGCAUGUUCUGGAUGCUGACGGUGGCGCGCGGCGUCGUGGGCUUCGGCGCCGGCGGCGAGUAUCCCGCGGCGUCGACCUCGGCGAGCGAGUCGGCGAACGAGACGGCGCUCCGGAACCGCGGGCCCAUUUUCGUCCUCGUCACCAACCUGCCGCUCUCGUUUGGCGGCCCGCUGGCCGUCAUCGUCUUCCUCAUCGUCAUAUCCGCCGCCGGGGUGACGCGGCUUUCCACCGUGUGGCGCGUGUGCUUUGGCAUCGGCUGCGUCAUCCCCAUCGUCAUCUUCUAUUUCCGCAUGAAGAUGCUGAACUCGAAGCUGUACCGCCGCGGCGCCAUCAAGAAGAGGGUCCCCUACCUGCUCGUCCUCAAGUACUACUGGAAGGAUCUCAUCGGUACUUGUGGAGCCUGGUUCUUAUACGACUUUAUCACGUUCCCGAACGGCGUUUUCUCGGGGACCAUCAUCUCCAGUGUUGUGCAGGGCUCCGACAUUGUCAAGACGGCCGAGUAUCAGCUCCUCCUAGGCGCCAUCAGCCUGCCCGGCGUAUUCAUUGGCGCCUACCUCUGCAACAAGAUUGGUCGGCGGAACACCAUGAUGCUCGGGUUCAGCGGCUACCUCGUCUUUGGCCUGAUCAUCGGCUGCGCGUACGACCAGAUCACCAAGAUCAUCCCGCUGUUCGUGGUCUUCUACGGCCUGAUGCAGUCCUCGGGCAACCUGGGGCCCGGCGACAUGCUCGGCCUCAUCAGCAGCGAGUCCUACGCCACGGCGGUCCGGGGAACCUGCUACGGCUUCUCGGCCGCGAUCGGCAAGGUCGGCGCGGCCGUGGGCACCGAGGCCUUCACGCCGAUCCAGAACAACCUGGGCAAGCGCUGGACCUUCAUCAUCGCCGCCAUCUGCGGCAUCACGGGUGUCCUGGUUACCCGGCUGUUCGUCCGGGAUCUCAAGGGUGAGGACCUGAAGAUGGAAGACGAGAAGUUCAGGGCCUACCUCAUUGCAAAUGGUUGGGUGGGUGAGAUGGGCGAGGAGGAUCUCAAGGGGCUUGCACAGGAGGGCGUCGCCCCGGGUCUGGUCGCUGAGGUUGAGGAGGAAAAGGGUGUAAAGCACUAG